UUAACUUUUCGGAGCGCGGACGUGUUGUGGAGUAAUUAACAUAAUAAUUGUAGUUGACCGGACAGAAAUAUUUUGGUGCUUCGGUAACAAAAAUGCAGUCCGUAAACACUGAAGACCUGCAGGAGAAUCCUCGAGAGAGAUCGAAUUUCAUUUCGUCAUUAUGUUUUUGGUAUACUAUGCCCAUAUUUCGUAAGGGCUCAAAGAACACGUUGGAUGAAAAUGACAUUUACAGUCCUCUGAAGGAACUUAAGUCGGAUAAUCUUGGCGACAAAUUGAGCGCCUCAUGGGACCGAGAAAGAAAAUCAGAGGGAAAGCCAAGCUUGUUAAGAGCCCUGCUGCGGGUUUUUGGCUGGCAAAUCGCAUUUCCCGGACUGUCAAUUUUCUUGGUAGAGAUGGGACUGGUAACUUUAAAGCCCAUCUUUCUGGUAAAGCUUAUUUCCUACUACACACAUGGUACAGAAGCCGCUGAGAUGGGCUAUUAUUAUGCGGGCGCUUUGAUCCUGAGUAAUGCUCUCUGCGUGAUGAUCCUAGUUCCUGUCAUGUUUACCAUGCAUCUUGUCUUCUUCAAGAUGCGGGUGGCUUUAGGAAGCCUUAUCUACCGAAAGGCCCUGCGUCUGAGCAGACGGGCACUGGGCAACACCAUGUCCGGUCAUGUGGUCAACCUGAUUUCAAACGACAUCUCCCGCCUGGACUAUGCACAAUACUAUUUACAUUACCUUUGGGUGGGGCCUCUGCAGACCGUGGUGGUCACCUACUUGAUGUACCAGGAGAUUGGAAUCGCUGCUUUCUUUGGCGUUAUCUUCAUGGCGCUCUUCAUACCGCUUCAGAUGUUUUUGGGCAAGUUGACGGCGGUGCUGCAGUUGAGGGCCGCCAAAAGGACGGACAAUCGGAUGCGGAUGGUCAAUGAAAUCAUCUCGGGCAUCCGCGUGCUCAAGAUGUACGCCUGGGAACUGCCUUUCCAGAAAAUGACCGAGUAUGCACGUCGAAAAGAAAUGAACGCCAUUCGCCAAGGGCAAAUCAUAAGAAGCUUUGCCUUGACCUGCAGAAUGAUCCUUUCACGGGUCUCCAUCUUUCUCAGUUUGGCUGGUUACGUUUUCCUGGGCCAGUUUCUUACGCCGGAAAAGGCAUUUCUGAUCACUGCCUUUUACAAUGCCCUGAAAGGCUCCAUGAAUAUAUAUUUCCCGAACGCCAUCAAUCACACAGCCCAAAUUCUGGUUUCCAUAAGGCGUGUGGAAAAGUUCAUGCUGUCGGAGGAGGUGAGUGAGCUCGAGACUCCGUCAAAGGAUUCCAUCAAUGCUACGGCAGAGGAGGAAAAGCUUUUACCGCCAUCCCAAACUGUUAUUGAUCCUGAGAAGGAUCUCCCCGAAUCUGUCAUCUCCAUCAGCGGACUUAAAGCCAAAUGGGAUCUCGAAUCCCCGGAUUACACACUUAGUGGAAUAAAUCUUCAGGUUCAGAGAGGCACUAUUGUGGCCGUCAUGGGUUCCACAGGAUCUGGAAAAUCCAGUCUUAUACAGGCCAUCCUCGGGGAGCUGAAGGCGGAUUCUGGUCAGAUCAAGGCGAAUGGCUCCGUUUCGUACUCCUCCCAAGAGCCGUGGCUCUUCUCUGGAACUGUUCGUCAGAAUAUCCUCUUUGGACAACCCAUGGAUCGGCGAAGGUACGCUCAGGUGGUAGAAAAGUGCGCUUUGAAACGAGAUUUCGAGCUGCUUCCGUUCAAGGAUAAGACUGUAGUAGGAGAACGAGGAGCUUCGCUCUCAGGUGGCCAGAGGGCCAGGAUCACCUUGGCCAGAGCUGUCUACCGGGAGGCCUCCAUCUACCUACUAGACGAUCCGCUGAGUGCGGUGGACACCCAGGUGGCCCGUCAUCUCUUCGAACAGUGCGUGCUUGGCUAUCUGCGUGGGAAAACCGUAGUGCUGGUUACCCAUCAGCAGCAGUUCCUGCAGCUCGCCGAUCAGAUUGUGAUCCUAGAAAAGGGUCAGGUGAGUGCGGUGGGCACCUACGAUUCGCUCCUCAAAACGGGAGUCGACUUUGUCACCAUACUGGGUGAAGCGGAAAAGGAAGAGAAGAAUCUGGAGGAGGAACGUCCGCGCUUGGAUAGUAAAACCCAUAAUGUAGUUCGCUGCGACAGUCUGAAAUCCUUGCAGUCCGUCGGAGAUUUGUCUCCAGAGAAUAUAACUAAGGAGACCCAAGGAUCUGGUAGCAUUGGUCUGGGAUUGUACAAGAAGUACUUCCAGGCGGGCGGCGGAUGUAUCGCUUUCUUUGCCAUGAUGAGCUGUUCCGUGUUGGCGCAGGGGGCGGUUUCAUGGGGCGACUACUUCCUGACUUACUGGGGUAACAAGAACGUGAAUGCUCGAGGUGAAUUAAAUGAUACGCUGGAACCAAACCCCUCGAUAAGUGAGCAAGUAAAGGACUCCGUUACAAUGGAUUUAUACAUAUUCACGCUAAUCACAAUACUGGCCAUUCUACUGCCCUUUUUGGCCAAUACAAUGUUGUUCAAUAUGGCCAAGAAAGCCUCUAUUCGUCUGCACAACACCAUACUAAGAAGGAUAAUGCGAGCUUCCAUGCACUUCUUCAGCACCACUGAAGUAGGAAGCAUUUUGAAUCGAUUUUCGAAGGACAUGAGCCAAGUGAGCGAGUUGCUUCCCGAUGUGAUGGCAGAUCUCUUACAGAUUAUUCUUUCCCUGGCUGGACUCAUCAUCCUUUUAGUCAUUGUCAAUCCUUUGUUUCUUGCUCCAACACUAGUUAUGAGUAUCAUUUUCUGUCAGCUGCGCAACUUUUAUCUGAAAACCUCGAGGGACCUGAAGCGAAUUGAAGCUAUAGCCAGGUCACCAGUUUACUCCCAGUUGGCUGCUUCCCUGAACGGCCUGUCCACCAUCCGAGCCUUUGAGGCUCAGCGCGUUUUGGAAACAGAGUUUGACAAUUACCAGGAUGUGCACAGCUCAGCUCUUUAUAUGUUCCUUAGCACCUCGAGUGCCUAUGGUUAUUGGAUGGAGUGCCUGUGUGUGGUUUACAUAGCAAUCGUUACAUUCAGCUUCUUCAUCUUUCCUCCGGCAAACGGAGGCGAUGUGGGUCUAGCCAUAACACAGGUCAUGGGUCUGAUGGGCAUGGUUCAGUGGGGAAUGCGUCAGUCAGCCCAGAUGGAGAACUUAAUGACCGCCGUGGAGAGGGUGGUGGAGUACGAGGACAUUGAGCCGGAAGGAGCGUUGGAAGCUCCGGCCGAUGAGAAGCCACCAAAGACCUGGCCAGAGCAGGGAAAGAUCGUGUUCGACGAGUUGAGCCUUCGCUAUACACCAGAUCCGAAAUCGGAGAAUGUGCUCAAGUCCCUGAGCUUCGUGAUAAAGCCAAAAGAAAAAGUAGGCAUCGUGGGACGCACUGGGGCGGGCAAAUCCUCGCUGAUCAACGCCCUCUUCCGACUGUCCUACAACGAUGGAUCCGUGCUCAUAGACAAGAGGGACACCAGUGAGAUGGGGCUGCACGACCUGCGCAGCAAGAUCUCGAUCAUUCCCCAGGAGCCCGUGCUCUUCUCCGGCACCAUGCGAUACAACCUGGAUCCCUUCGACGAGUACAGCGACGAGAAGCUGUGGAGGAGCCUGGAGGAGGUGAAGCUGAAGGACGUGGUGGCCGAUCUGCCCAGUGGCCUGCAGAGCAAGAUCACCGAGGGCGGAACCAACUUCAGCGUGGGCCAGCGCCAGUUGGUCUGCCUGGCUCGGGCCAUCCUGCGCGAGAACCGCAUCCUGGUGAUGGACGAGGCCACGGCCAACGUGGAUCCCCAGACGGAUGGCCUCAUCCAGACCACCAUUCGCAACAAGUUCAAGGAGUGCACCGUGCUGACGAUAGCCCAUCGGCUGCACACCAUCAUGGACUCGGACAAGGUGCUGGUCAUGGACGCCGGAAGAGCGGUGGAGUUCGGGACGCCCUACGAACUGCUGACGGUAGCAGACUCCAAGGUGUUCCACGGCAUGGUCAAGCAGACGGGUCACGCCACCUACGAGAGCCUGCUAAAAGUCGCACAAAAGGCAUUUGAAUCCGCCCAGAAUCCCAGUCUUUCUUCAUGA